GGGACAGACACACAAGAGCUGCUGCGCCUUCCUUCCCUCCCGCCUCGCUUCUCCUCCUCCUCCUUUCCCGCUGAAUGGAGAGGUGAAGCGAGCCCAGCCUUUCCUUGCCAGUACGCGCUCCCUCUCCUUCCUCCUUCAGCCUCCUUAGCCUGGGAAAAAAGGGACCAGAGAAGCCUAGUUCUCUCUCUCUCUCUCUCUCUCUCUCUCUCUCUCUCUCUCUCUCUCUCUCUCGCCCAUCUGAUGGCGUCUCACCAGCAGAACCGGAUCCAAGCCUACCUGGAGAAGAACAAGAUCGGGCCCCUCUUUGAGGAACUGAUGACCAAGUUGAUAACGGAGAUGCCUGACCACCCAAUCCCUUUUCUGAUUGACCACCUUCAAUCCAAACAAGGAGGUCGUGGCCAGCUUCAGAGAACAUUGUCUGGAUCCGCUGCUCUGUGGGCAGAAAGUGAAACUACAGAAAACAAGGGAACAAGAAGGGAUUUCAGAAGUUACGAUAAACCCUGGCAGAUAAAUGCAAAGAAGCCUAAAAAGUCAAAGAGUGACCUUGCUGUAUCUAACAUUUCUCCUCCAUCACCCGAGUCCAAAUCAUUGCCAGGAUCAAUAGAACACCCUAAAUGGGACUGGAGAUCAAAAUCAGAGCAUCGUGAUUUUGAUGAAUUGAAUCAUAUCCUUCAAGAAAGUAAGAAGCUAGGUAAAGCCCUGGAGAAUCUUUCCCGAAGUAUUGCAAUAUCUGAUGAAAUUGAUAAGGAUGCAGCAGCUUUUAAUUCUCCUCUUUUACGCCCCCGUGUUGUUGGAGAAUGGGUUGGCCGAGAAGAGAAUGAUGCAGAUCCAUUGGCUGAUGAAAUGCUGCAGCCUCCAAUACCCAGAAGCAAAGUGGAACACUGGGAUAGUGAGGAUAGUGGCAGUCCUGGAGGAAGUUUAAAGAUGGAGCCAAAGACCAAAGGACUGAAACAUCAGCAACAGCAACAUAAGAAGCUACUGGCUGCUAUGCUUUCUCAGGAUUCGUUUGAUUCUGUACAAAGUACAGCUCCUUCAGUAACAGAAGAAGAUAUUGACAAUGAAGAUGAUGCAAUGGAACUGCUGGAGGAUCUUGAUGAUUUAAGAAUGGAAGGGGUAACUGGUGUCACUUCUUCUGGAAGCAAAUUUAAUCAAACACGAGGUACACAUACAGCUGAACCACAAGCCAAGGUUACAUUGAACAUCUGUGCAAGAUGUGCCAGACUUCAAGGAGAUAAUUUGGCAGAAAGAACAGAGGAUGUGUCUGUUUCUUCUCAGACCCCUGAGCAAGAUGUAUCAGAAGCUGUUGUGCCUGGAGCAGAAAUCUCAAUGGAAAGCAGUGAGGAAUUGGAGAAUGUACCCCAAACAACUGAGCGGAUUCAACCAGUUCGGGAUCUAGACAUUAUGGGUUCCAGUAGCAGUGAAUCUCCAACCCAGAAACUGUUAAAGGAUUCCCUAGCUGCAAAAGAACUACAAACCAUGGAAAAACACCUGGCAGACAUUGCAAAGGACCUAGCAUUGUGGGAAGAAGGAAGACUGUUAAGGAAUAUGAGCAACCCACAAACUACCUUAGUUGCAUUAGAUCAUCAAGGAAAUAUUAAAGUUCCACCAAAUCAGGAGGCAGGACCACAAGUGCCAACUUUUACUGAGAAAGAUAUUCAACUCCAUCUUCAAAGAAACAAAUCACCACCAUUACCCAGUAACAAUAGACUACAGGUCUCUGGUGUCACAAACAGUAGGCCUCCACCCCCUAGUACACAAACCAACAGAUCUUCUGUGCUGCCAAGUCCAGCAAAUAGGGCUGCGACCCCAAAUGCUUUGUUACAAAGACCCCUUUCUCCUAGCAACCAAGGAAACAAGGAAGGAAUCAUUAGUAUGCAAAGAAGCCAGGCUUUGAUAUCAAAGAACCAACUUGGGAGGACCAUCACUGCUCACUCAGGGCUCCUUGAAACAAGCGGAGACGCUCUAGGAAAUGUCACUCAAAGAAGCAGUUUGUCUGAAGAUGAAUUUCUGCAACAACUUCAGCUUGUUCACCAGCCAUGGAUUUUGCCAAGUGAUACUGAAAGUGAAGGAGUGGAGCCAGCUCCAGAUAAGUGUUUGUGAACAUCAUCAGUGGAAGAAAAUACUUUUUCAUAAACAUAAAAAUACAGAUUUACUUAUAAAUAAUAAAAGCCUAUUUUUUAUAAAUUCAAUGAAAUGCAAGAAUUAUUUUAAUGUGUAGUUGCUAAAAUGCACUGAAUUAUUCCACAUCUUACUAUGGUACAGUGGCCUUAGGUAAAGAUGAUUAACGGUCCCUUUUUACUGUGUGCACCUAAAACAUUGUCUUUUGUUUAAUUUAUACCCCUCUUAUUUUAGAUUGACAUUUGAUAUAUUAAACUUUGCCAGGUGAAAAGAACAUUUCCUGAAAGAUUUUAUGUAUUUAGCAUUACUGAGGUUUUCUACUUCUAUUUUUCUAAAAAAAAAAAAAUUCUCAUUUUUAAGUCAAUAAGUUUCUGAAGUAUUUAGCCACAUCUGCCAGUGUGUAAAUAUAAUACGCAGAAAACACAGACUUUUCAUUGUAGAAACUGGCCGUAACAACAGAAAUAAUGAAUGGGCUAUUUGUGUGUGUAUUCAAGUGUGUAUGUGUAUAUAAGCUAAUAGGAAUUGAUAGUGUAAUAUUAAUUUUAUUGAAUUCCAGUUAAAUCUUUUACAAAAUAUACAGACUUCUAAGUGAACUCUAAUGUGGAAUGCAGCAUGCAUAAUUGAACUCUACUGAUUUCAUAUAUGAUAUUAUUUACCCAUAUCCCAAAUGGCCUAAGCAUUUGACAAUUUAUUGUGCAAAUGUAUACAUGUAUGAAGACAGUUGACUCUUCUGGAUCUGAGUAUGAAAUUUAUACAAAUAUUUCCAGUACAGGGGUUGUCAGAAUAACUAUAUUUGCAAUACCUGCUUAACUAACUGGGCAGCAGUCCUUGGCAUCUUUAAUUGCAAGUGUGGCCCACUGAAAUGAAUUGGUAAACUAAGUAGACAUGCAUAGGAUUGCACUACUAUUAAGGACGGAUUUGACGUAGUGCCUUCUUUUCUCUUUGAUUUCUGUUGCUCUGCUAUGACCUCAUUUUUUAAUGCCUAUUGCUGUUAUAAUGGAUACAUAUUGUCAGGUUAUGGAAGAAAUAAAGAUUAAUUUGCUAUAACAGA